AUGGUUAAUCCGGGUGAGCAAGACAGUGCGCGUGACAAUAGAGUGUUACAACGAACUAAAACUAUAGCCUUGGUAGCUCGGGAAAGCACUGUUACUCGAAUUAACUCAAUCGCCGAGUUGGCGAAAAAGGUCGAUAAAUCUCUCGAUUUAAUUCCACAGUUUUUAGCAGCUGCUGAGGAUCUUGACUCGCUGUGGGAAACCUUUGUUAGUCAAAAUGCGGCUGUACUAGAAGCUCUACUGGAUCUAGAUGAAUCGCAUACGUAUUCUACUUCACUCGAGGCCGAAGUCCGUUCGACUUACAUGGGUGUGGUAAUUGUAGUGGAUAAAUAUAGAGCCCCUCGGGCUACGGAAUCCAGUGUUGUAAAUGAGGGUAGUCGUUCCGGAUCCGUGGACGGCAGUACAUCUAUUAUAGCUGGUCUACCAUCGGGGGUUCGUUUGCCAAAAAUUCCUCUACCAUCCUACAGCGGUGAUCUCUGUGGAUGGCCCGUGUUCCGCGAUCAGUUCAACAUACAAAUCAUACGAGAGGAAUUGCCAAAAAUAGUGAAGUUUUAUUAUCUACUCGGAUGUUUACAGGGCGAUGCGCGCCAGUCCAUUCAAAACAUUGUGGUAUCUGAAGCCACGUUUGAUCUCGCAUGGUCCACGUUGAUCGAUAAGUAUGAUAAACCUAGGCAACUCGCCACUCUUAUCGUUGACAAAGUUUUUUCUAUUCCUGCACAAUCCCAAGAGUCGUUAGAGGGAUUGAGAGAAUUCUUAGUGGUAUUUUCGGACCAGAUAGCCAUGCUCAAAUCAUUGAACAUUCCAGAUUUAGGCGAAUUCUUAUUAUUUGCGCUGUCGGCUCGUUGCCUUCCCAUAUCCACUAGAAAGGGUUUUGAAGCUAUUAAUAAUAACGAAUUUCCUUGUGUAUCCGACAUGGUCAAGUACGUUAAGGAUCGUGUGUCUCUUCUCGAAGCUGUCAGUUUCUCUGGUGGCCCAUCUCGUCAAGUUACUAGUUCAGAUAAGAGUAAAACCGUAUUAAGUCGUCAAAACGAUAAGAAGUCGAAGGUCACUCUAUUAACGUCCAAGCCUUCAGACAGUGGUCAGUCAAGUUGCUUAUUUUGCUCUAGUAGUCAUAUGUCUUGUAAAUGUCCCACAUUUUCGAACCUAGCUAUGGAUGACCGCUAUCAACUUGCUCGAGACAAAAAAGUGUGCUUUCGGUGUCUCAAUUCACUGCAUUGGUCAAAUCGUUGUAAAGUGUCCAAACCAUGCAAAAAAUGUCCAGGUCGUCACCAUACGCUUCUACAUCGCAAUGUUGAAUCGCCCAUAAAGGAACCUGUUAUAGAACAGAAUUCGAUGGUCGGUUCUGUCGGUCAAACGUCGGUUCUGUUAGGUACGGCUCAAAUGCAUGUUCGUGAUCAUUCAGGGGUCAUGCAAAUGGUCCGGGCCGUGAUCGAUUCAGCGUCUCAAGUAAGCGUUAUUUCUACCUCAUGUGUUGAACGGCUCGGUCUGAAGCGUACCCGGUGGACAGUCCCUCUGACAGGUCUUUCUGGUGUAAAGGUUCCCCGAGUCGAAGGUAUCGUAGAGUGCCUUAUCACCCCUCGAUACAAUUACGAUCACAGCAUCCCUGUGAGAGCAUGGGUGUUACCAAAAGUCACCAAUGAUAUGCCAUUACAUAAUUUACCUCCUCACUUGAAAACCAAAUUUUCACAUCUGGCUUUGGCAGAUCCACUAUUUGAUCGUUCUGCUCCGGUAGAUAUGUUACUCGGCGCUGACGUGUUCGCACAUAUUUUUGAUGGGAAACGAGUUGUUCUAGAAGAUUCCUUACCCGCCGCUUUCAACACUUUGUUCGGAUGGGUUAUAAUCGGACCUGUAACCAACUCGGAUUGUGAUCAGACUCAUUCUAAUCUGGUAUCCCUAACCGUGUCUUUAGAACACAUGGUUCAACGGUUCUGGGAAGUUGAGGAGCCAGACAGUGCCCCAGAAAUAUUUAGUCAGGCAGGCCAGUGUGAGGCCAUAUACUUGGCUGAACGUGAACGGGAUGCUAAUGGCCGGUUUGUAGUACCACUUCCUUUCUUGAAUAAUCACCAAUCUGAAACCUUUCCUGGAUCCCGACAAGUUGCGUUACGUCGCUUCCAAAAUCUCGAAAGGAAACUAUUGUCUGACGAAAUGUUAUAUCAAGCCUAUAAGGCGUUCAUGCUUGAAUACGAGUCCUUGGGACAUAUGUCAGUUGCUCCGUCUCCAGGAAUUUAUUUUAUCCCUCACCACCCUGUUUUCAAAGGUGCAAUCAUAUCGAGCAAGAUUCGGGUAGUAUUUGAUGCGUCAGCUGUUGCCUCGUCUAAACUUUCCCUUAAUCAAUGUCUGCAUACUGGGCCCAAGUUGCAACAGGAUAUCGUUGAUAUCCUUCUCCGGUUUCGAGUACACCAAUUUUCGUUCACGGCUGAUGUGUGCAAAAUGUACAGACAGGUAUCCGUAUUACCAAAAUAUCGCGCAUACCAACACAUAUUCUGGCGCGCAUCACCGGUUGACGAGUUGAAAGAGUACGAGCUCAACACUGUAACCUACGGAUUGAAUUGUGCGCCGUUUUUAGCCUUGCGGGUGCUGCAGGAUUUAGCAGAGCAAGAGUGUGCAGGGCUACCUGACGUAUUAGACGCGUUAACCUACCAAACAUACGUUGAUGACAUCUGUGUUGGAGCAGAUACUGUCGACGGUCUAAUGAAGCUUCGGUCUGACUUACAACAAGUGUUGUCCCGAGCUGGCCUUGAGCUUAAAAAAUGGUCGAGUAAUGCCCAUCAACUCCUAUCUUCGGUGCCCGCUGCCGAUCGAGCUACUGAUGCGUCCCCGUUUAACGAUACUGAUAUCGGGCUUACCAAGGUGCUGGGCCUACAAUGGAAAUCCUCCCAAGAUACGUUUGGGUUUGAUGUACAAUUGUCUGAAGCUGUACCGACUAAAAGAGCUGUCUUGUCUGUCAUCGCUCGUAUCUUCGACCCCCUUGGUUUCCUUGCCCCUGUUAUUUUCCUGGCCAAACACCAUAUGCAGCAAAUUUGGAAGGCAAAUUUGACUUGGGACGAACCGUUGCCCAAGGAGCUGAACAAUUGUUGGCAAGCGUUCGUUCACGGUCUCCCAAUGUUGUCAGAGGUUCGGAUUCCACGGUUUUUGAACACGUAUAUUCAAUGUCAGGUCCACUUGUGUGGGUUUUGUGACGCUUCAGAACGAGGAUAUGCUGCAGUUGUUUAUUUAAGAACCCUGUCUCCCAACAACCCAAUCACCGUUUCGCUACUUGGUUCAAAGACUAAGAUGGCGCCCAUGAAGUCAUCAACCGUACCGAGACUUGAGUUGUGUGCCGCCUUGCUUCUUGCGCGUUGGAUGUCCCGCAUUAAGAAGAUCCUCGAACAAAAAGUUUCUGUUGUACAUAUGUUCGCUUGGACGGACUCACAAAUUGUAUUAUCUUGGCUGGUGAACCCGCAUGAAUUGUUCAAAGUCUUUGUCUCAAACCGCGUUCACCAAGUGCAUCAACUUCUGCCACAAUGUAGUUGGGGCUAUGUCAGGUCUGCCAAGAAUCCAGCGGAUUGUGCUUCGCGGGGUAUGCUGCCAUCUGAGUUAUUAUUGCAUUCUCUUUAUUGGUCCGGUCCAGAUUUUUUACUACAGCCACAUGAAGAAUGGGACGUGACCUCUUCUCCUUUACCAGUGAACAUGUUGCCGGAAGUCAAAUCAAUAUCGCUGGCGGUAGAGAUAAAUGGUGGUGCUGAGUGGUAUUCCCGUUUUUCCAACUUUACAAGAAUGUUACGCGUAGUGGCUUGGAUUCGUCGGUUUACUGGCCGCUGCCAGAAAAAAUGUUAUUCACAUGAAUUUCUCAGUCGAAUGGAGUUAGAUGAGUCAUUGGUCAUCAUUGUUCGCCUGGCUCAAUGCCAGUCAUUUGCCGAACUACAAAUGACACUGAAACGCGGACACACACCGCAUCGUAUAUUUGCAAGACUGAGACCGUUCCUUGAUCAGGACGGUGUUGUCCGUAUCAACGGACGGUUGGGAAACUCUGAACUCCCAGAAACUCAAAAACACCCCAUAUUGCUGGCCAAGGACUCCCAUCUAUCUCAUCUUAUUGUUCGCCAUUGGCAUCUUGUGACGUGUCAUUCAGGUCCCAGAGUGAUAACAUCGUUGAUUGGUAGACAAUUCUGGAUUAUGUCGGUCCGUGUGGUUAUUCGGAAGGUGUUAAGUCUGUGUACUAUUUGUGUCCGCUCGAUUGCUCAGAGCCCUCAUCCGUUAAUGGCUGACUUGCCGUCAUCUCGGGUGAAAGCCUGUCGUCCUUUCUCACGUGUUGGAGUUGAUUAUGCUGGCCCUCUCCAAAUGCGUGAAUGCCGAUUACGUAAAGCCAGAUGCUACAAGGUCUACAUUGCCGUGUUUGUGUGUAUGACCGUGAAGGCAGUACAUCUUGAAGUUGUGUUAGAUUUAACCACGGAUGCGUUCCUGGCAGCCUUUGACCGGUUUGUUGCGCGCAGAGGUCUUCCGUCUGAUAUUUAUUCUGAUUGCGGUACCAAUUUUGUGGGGGCAGCCAAACAGUUGCGAAAUUUGAUAAACCAUCCCGAUAACCACAACCAGAUUUCCGCUCAUACGCAAUGCACGUGGCAUUUUAAUCCUCCUAGCGCCCCGCACUUUGGAGGCCUAUGGGAGGCCGCUGUCCGAUCCGCCAAAACGUUGUUAGUGCGUGUCAUGGGUUGUCAUAACCCCACCCUGGAGGAAAUGUCUACCGUUCUUUGUCGGAUUGAGGCUGUUCUUAAUUCCAGGCCGCUUACGCCAAUGACAACAUCACCAUUAGAUUUGGACUAUUUAACGCCAGGUCAUUUUUUGAUUGGGCAACCGCUACUUGCUGUUCCGGACGUACAUAUUCCGGAAGGGCAUGCAACGUUGGUACAUCGUUGGAAGCUGUUGCACCAAUGCCAUCAAUCCUUCUGGAGACGUUGGUCCAACGAAUAUUUGUGCUCAUUGCAAACUCGCAAUAAAUGGACGUCCCAGGGGACAAAUCUCAAUGUAGGUGACAUGGUAGUUGUAAAAGACCACAAGGGCCCCCCCACAUCCUGGCUCUUAGGUCGCAUAACCAGUCUGGCACCCGGUAAAGAUGGGGUGGUGCGCGUGGUGAAGGUUCUCACUUCCCAAGGGGAGUUUACACGGCCGACGGUAAAAUUGGUGUUAUUGCCCAUGGAGUGA